GCUAUAGCCCGACAAGCUUUUUCAUUGGUUUAGAGAAAGGAGGGCCCGCCAUUCCCCCUUGUCGAUUGGCUGCCGCUUCUCCCGUCAAGUUAGGAGGCGGAGUUUGGGCGCUUUCCUAUUGCAUCAGCUGGCACGAGUGGCGCAAGCGGAGGGUUUCCGGGAGUUCAAGCCCAAUUUUACCUGUCGUCCACUCUCCUGUGCAGCCUAUCGUUUUGGGUUUUUUUUUUUGUGAUUUGCCGAUGUCUGAGGAGAAAGCCCACAACCCUUCAGAAAAGAUGGGAGGCGAGGAAAAGCCGGUGAGUGCCGCUGAGGAAAAGAGAAAGGAAGGAGGCAAGAAGAAGAACAAAGAAGGAUCUGGGGAUGGAGGUCGAGCAGAGUUGAAUCCUUGGCCUGAAUAUAUUAACACUCGUCUUGAGAUGUAUAAUAAACUAAAAGCAGAACAUGAUUCCAUUCUGGCAGAAAAGGCAGAGAAAGACAGCAAGCCAAUUAAAGUCACCCUGCCCGAUGGUAAACAGGUUGAUGCAGAGUCUUGGAAAACUACACCCUAUCAAAUUGCUUGUGGAAUUAGUCAAGGCCUGGCUGACAACACUGUUGUUGCUAAAGUGAAUAAAGUUGUCUGGGAUCUAGACCGUCCUCUGGAGGAAGAUUGUACGUUGGAGCUUCUCAAGUUUGAGGAUGAGGAAGCUCAAGCGGUUUAUUGGCACUCAAGUGCUCACAUAAUGGGUGAAGCCAUGGAAAGAGUCUAUGGUGGGUGUUUAUGUUAUGGUCCACCAAUAGAAAAUGGAUUCUAUUACGACAUGUACCUUGAAGAAGGGGGUGUGUCCAGCAAUGAUUUCUCUUCUUUGGAGGCUUUAUGUAAGAAAAUCAUUAAAGAAAAACAAGCUUUUGAAAGACUAGAAAUUAAGAAGGAAACGUUAUUGGAAAUGUUUAAGUACAACAAGUUCAAAUGCAGGAUAUUGAAUGAAAAAGUGAAUACUCCAACUACCACAGUCUAUAGGUGUGGCCCCUUGAUAGACCUCUGCCGGGGUCCUCACGUCAGACACACUGGCAAAAUUAAGACUUUGAAAAUACACAAAAAUUCCUCCACAUAUUGGGAAGGCAAGGCAGAUAUGGAGACUCUCCAGAGGAUUUAUGGCAUUUCCUUCCCAGAUCCUAAAAUGUUGAAAGAAUGGGAGAAGUUCCAGGAGGAAGCUAAAAACCGAGAUCAUAGGAAAAUUGGGAGGGACCAAGAACUAUAUUUCUUCCAUGAACUCAGCCCUGGAAGUUGCUUUUUCCUGCCUAAAGGAGCAUACAUUUAUAAUACACUCAUUGACUUCAUCAGGAGCGAAUAUAGGAAACGAGGAUUCCAGGAGGUAGUCACCCCAAACAUCUACAACAGCCGACUCUGGGUGACCUCGGGCCACUGGCAGCACUACAGCGAUAACAUGUUCUCCUUUGAGGUGGAGAAGGAGCUCUUUGCUCUGAAACCCAUGAACUGCCCAGGACACUGCCUCAUGUUUGAUCAUCGGCCAAGAUCCUGGCGAGAGUUGCCUCUGCGAAUAGCUGAUUUUGGGGUGCUUCAUAGGAAUGAGCUGUCAGGAGCACUCACAGGACUCACGCGGGUACGAAGGUUCCAGCAGGAUGAUGCUCACAUAUUCUGUGCCAUGGAGCAGAUUGAGGAUGAAAUAAAAGGUUGUUUGGAUUUUCUGCGUACAGUAUAUAGCAUAUUUGGAUUUUCUUUUAAAUUGAACCUGUCUACUCGCCCAGAAAAAUUCCUUGGAGAUAUUGAAGUAUGGAAUCAAGCUGAGAAACAACUGGAAAAUAGUCUGAAUGAGUUUGGUGAAAGGUGGGAAUUAAAUCCUGGAGAUGGAGCUUUCUAUGGUCCAAAGAUUGACAUACAGAUUAAAGACGCCAUUGGUCGCUACCACCAGUGUGCAACAAUCCAGUUGGAUUUUCAGUUGCCCAUCAGAUUUAAUCUUACUUUUGUGAGCCCUGAUGGCGAUGAUAAGAAAAGGCCAGUGAUUAUCCAUAGAGCUAUCUUGGGAUCAGUGGAAAGAAUGAUUGCUAUUCUCACUGAAAACUAUGGAGGCAAAUGGCCCUUCUGGCUGUCUCCUCGCCAAGUAAUGGUAGUUCCAGUGGGACCAACAUGUGAUGAAUAUGCCCAAAAGGUACAGCAGCAAUUCCACGAUGCUAAAUUCAUGGUGGACAUCGAUCUGGAUCCAGGCUGUACAUUAAACAAGAAGAUUAGAAAUGCACAGUUAGCACAGUACAACUUCAUCCUAGUUGUUGGUGAGAAAGAGAAAAGCAGCGGCACUGUGAAUAUCCGCACCAGAGAUAAUAAGGUGCAUGGAGAACGCACUAUUUCUGAAACCAUUGGGCGGCUGGAGCAGCUCAAGCAGUCCCGCAGCAAACAGGCAGAAGAAGAAUUUUAAGGAACAACUUGGCCCAGAUUGGCUCCAUGGAAAAAGAUGAAUAUGUUUCCAUAACAAUAACUUUGUGCUCUGGAAAACAUCAGUGUAUAAUGACUUUGGAAUAGUUUGGCAGAGUCUGCAGAGAUGACUGCAGGAUCAACCUUUUUUUGACCUAGACAGAUUUUAGACAAUAUAUAUUUGAAGGAGGUAAUUAAAAGUGACAUAGUAAAAUGACUUUAUUCAUUAAAUUUCUAGGUACUGGAAAUAAACCAUGAGGCAUGCUCUAAAGUAAUGGGGAAGAAUGUUCUUAUAAAUUUAAUGCAGCCGAAAUAAAAUUUUUUCAAAUUUGAUUAACAUACAAGAAAGAUUAGAAUUGGGUUAUAAUGUAAAAAUAAAAAUUUUAAUCACA